AUGGAAAGGGACGAUGAAGAAGAUUUACAACAAAAUAAAAAUGAAUUUAUGAGAAAUACAUCAAAUUUUUUUAGAACAUUUGGGAAAAGGAAAAGAGAUAAGAAGGGUACAUUUACAAAUGUGGUUGAAAAGAAUGAUAUCAUCGAAGAAGAAAAUCCAAUUUCACUAGAAAUGAUAGAGUAUUUAAAAAAUAUUAAAAUUUUUUGGAAGGAAUUAAAUUUAGAGAAUUCAGGAAAUAUGUUCAUACAAACUGUAAACGAUAUUGAUUUUAUAGAUCCAAUUCUAGAAAGCUCUAUUUAUAAAGUAAUUAGCAAAAAUAAAGAAUUCAACUCACCAACUUUUAGUAGUCAACAAACAAAAGAGCUUGAGAAACAAUCACAAUCAAAUGAAAAAAUAUCAAAAACCUAUAAAUCACCACUGUUAUCAUUAAGAUCGUAUAGAUUCAGUCCAAACUAUAAUUUAUUUGGCGGAAAUAACAGCAAUUUAUCUUCGAUCAAGUACUCACUAAAGCUCAACCCCUACCUCAAGAUCUGCCAAUACGAAUUGGAUGGUGUUUGCAAGGAUCCAGAUUGUAAAUUUCAGCACUUUAGAGAUGUCGAAAGAAAUCCAUUAGAAAUCAUUAAAGAUUUACUUAGCUACAAUUUAAAUGAUAUCAACUCAACAUCAAACCAAGAAUAUAUAAAUAAUAUAUCACAAUAUAUCAACACUAUACCAUUAAAUAAGCUAAUUCAAUCAACAAUCGAAUAUGUAAAUAAAAGGAAUGACCAGUCAACUGGCAGAUCACCCCAGUUUACAAAUUCAAGUUAUAAUAGCUCUGGACCAUUUAGCAGAAUCUACUUUAAUUUAAAUGAAAAAAGAGAAAAGGAAUUAGAUAAGAGAUUUAGCGAUUAUGAAAAUUUGGUAACUGAAAAUUUAUCCGAUAAUCUAUUUGAUCAUAAAAAAUCAAAUCGUUCAAGAAAGAAAGUGAAAUCAAAUAAAAAACCAAAUACAAAGAAACCUUUAGCUACACCAGCAAAUGAUAACCAAGAUAUCGAAAUGAAGUCAUCAAAUAAUCAACAACUCAGUAAUGAAAUAAAUAAUAACGAUAAUAAUAAUAAUAAUAAUAAUAAUAAUAAUAAUAAUAAUAAUAAUAAUAAUAAUAAUAAUAAUAAUAAUAAUAAUAAUAAUAAUAAUAACAACGAUAUUAAUAGUGGCGAAUUUAAAAACAAUAAUAAUUUUAUAAAAAUCAAUUUAUCUGAUGAUGAAGAUAAUGAUGAAGAUGAUUUUGAAGAAGAAUUUGAACAGGAGAAUAUUCAAGAUUAUGAAACCGAAAAAGAACAAUCAUAUGGAACCAACUGUUUAAUUUCAAGUUCAGACUAUCUUAGUGAUCCAACCAAUAUUCAAUUAUGUUUUGGUUAUAUUAUUUCAAAUUCAAAUUUAGAAGAUAUAUUUUCAGAUGAAAAGAAUAGAUCCAAUAUACUUUCAGCAAUCCAUAGAACAGAGAACCUGAUGAAUAAUGCACUUUCAAACUGUUCAAAUUCAUUAAUAUUCCAUUUAAUGAAAGAAGAGUUACCAAAUCAACUUGACAAGAAAAUUCAAACCUGUUUACAAGCAAUAAUCGAUACUGGUAAAAAUAAAUUUUACCUUGAUAAUAAGGAGAAAUCAUUUUGGUGUUUAGAGUUUAUAUUAAGAUAUUCAAGGUCAAUGGUUGAGAGUGGUCAUAGAAUUGAAAUUUUAAAAGAUUUAUUAAAUUAUUUUACCUCAAUAUUAACUUACCAACAACAAUCCCAACCAUCUCAAUCCUCACAAUCAUCACAACCACGACCCAACCCAAAUCAAAACAAUAACUUUAAUUUAUUAUUUAAUAACAAUUUAACGAUUAAACAAAUUUUAUUAAAUGAUGAAGAUCAAGUUUUAAGAUUAGUUUUUGUUUCAAUCUAUAUAUUUAAUAAAGUACCAUCAACAUCUCAGCUCUAUCAAAAUGUAAAUAGCACAUACCAAAAAAACUCAACAACAAAAAAAACAACAAUUCCAGAACAAUCAUCCUUAUAUUUUUCAACAAAGGUUCUUAUUUUCGAUUGGGAUGCAUAUUUCAACAACUGUGCAUAUCUUUCACAUAAAGCAUUGAUCUCAAAUAUUAAUCAAGAGAAUCAAGUAAUUCCAUUAAAUCAACUUUGGAAACUAUUAAUUUAUAAUAAUGAUACAAAUCUAAUUCAAAAACACCAACUUCAGCAUCAACGAAACAACGACUAUGAUGAAGAUAAUGAAAUAAUAACAACAAUUUCCGAAUCUUUAGUUUCAAAUUACUUUUUUUACAACGAAUAUCACAAAAAAUCAACAUUUUCAAGAAACCUAUUUAAUGACCAAACUAUAAAACAAUCACUAAGUUUAAUUUUAUCUAAAAGUGUAAACCCAACUUUAAUUUUAGAUAACUUAUAUAAUCAAGAUAAGAAGGAGAAUUUUAAAAAUUUAUCUUUUGGUUUCUUUAAAGAACUUUUAAAAUGGAAUUUUGUAGAUUGUGACAAAAAAAUGAAGAUUGAAAUUAUUAAAAGCUUUGUUGUUUCAAAAUUUUCAAAUAUUAAAUCAACAGUACCAACUCAAAUCCUAUUCAAUAUUUUAUUAAAAAGAAACUUCACCGAUAUGUCAUUCGAACAAAGUCAAUUACCUCAUAAACAAAUCGAAACAUAUGAUUUAAUUAAUGUUUGGAUUUUAUUUAGCGUAUACGAAUUUUUAAGCAAUAAUACCGAAGAUAGCAAACUCAUUUUACAAGAUGCCUUAAGAUUAUGUAAUCUAUUUGAAAGAAAGAUAAUUUGGAUAGAGUAUAUAAACCUAUUGGAAAUUUUAGAGGAAUUAGAUAUAGACUCUUUCUUGGAUAAUUUUUAUUUCGAUAUUCCAAAUCAUUUCAAUUAUCCAUUAAAAAGCUAUUAUAAUUUAAUACCCCAUCAAACCCCAAAACAAUUUAUACAGGUCCUCAAGUCUCAAACUACUGUCAAAGAUUAUAUUGUUUUAGAUAUUAUUUUAGAUAAAUAUAUACAAUAUAAAGGUUAUAACAAAACUUUAAUCAAGUCUUUAUGCUAUAAGUUCCCAGAUAAUGAAUCUAUUAUUCGAAUGGUUCUUUUAUCAGCACAAAGGUUUAAUUUACCAACAGAAUUUAUAAUCAAAAUCGAAAAAAAUAUUUUAGGUUUCAAACAAUUUAAUUACGAAAUUGCAUUAAACUAUUUGUCAGAGUGGAUCCAAUAUGACCCAAUUUUUGAAAGAAAUGACAGAAUUUAUGAAAAUAUAAAUAUUUUAUUAAAUAAUGGUGUCAAAAUUCCAUAUAUCUCCCCACCAACCCCAAACAUUAAAUAUUUAUAUAAAAGUAAAGAAAUAAUAAAUAAUAAUAAUAAUAAUAAUAAUAAUAAUAAUAAUAAUAAUAAUAAUAAUAUAAAUAAUAAUAUAAAUAAUAGUAAUAAUAUAAAUAAUAAUAAUAAUAAUUUUGAUGGUGAUAAUUUAUCAUCUUCUUCUCUAUCCUCUAGCUCAAAAUCAUCCCCUAACCAUUUCUCUAAUAUCGAAUUAAUAUAUAGCAGCCCUUUAGAUUCACCAAAUUUAGAAAACUCUGAUUAA